AUGAACCUGCGCUGCACCCCCUCCAGGGCCAAUGUAUCUUUCCUGAGGUCCCCAAAACUGAACGGAGACUGUAAAGAUAUCUCUGAUCUGUUCCUGUCAUGUUUUGACAAGAGUGUGAUGAAUGAAUAUUUGGAAAUCGCCAAAGCAGAUAUUUGUUCAUGUACAGGGGAACGGUGUAAAUGUCCUACUUUGGCAGAAAUAGCGCGGGAAUGUGAUAAAGAAACUAUUCUUCUGUGGGGGCACUGGAGAUUAGAAACCGGAUGUGAACAGCCAGUCUGUACUGAAGGUCAGAUCUACAAGGAAUGUGGUCCAGCUUGUCUUCCAACAUGCUCUGAUCCUAAAUCUCACCAACACUGUGACCAAUGUGUCAAUACUUGUGUCUGUCCAGAAGGCACUGUUCGUGAUGAUACAGGAGGCACAAACCAAUGCAUCCCCAAAGCAGAAUGCCCCUGUGAAUACAGUGGCACUAUUUAUCAAUCUGGAGAUGAAAGAACAACUUCCUGUCAGUCAUGCACCUGUAAGAGUGGAAUAUGGUCAUGUUCUCAACUGAGCUGCCCUGGGAGGUGCAAAAUUGAACAAGGAUCCCACAUCACCACAUUUGAUAAUAGUUACUACACCAUGAUAGGAGACUGUUCUUUCUCUGCUGUUUUAACAAAUAAAUGGGAAAUAACUGUAGAGCUACACCCGUGUCAAAUUGCAAUUAAGCAGACAUGUCUGCAGUUUGUUGUACUGAAGAUACUAAAGAACAAAUACAGAUUCACUAAUGAUGGCAGUGUUUAUUCUAAUCAAUAUGAAGUUGUGCUGCCUCUGAAAACAGGUGAAAUAACAAUAUUUCAGCAGUCCUCAAUGUAUCUUCAAGUGGCAACAGAAUUCGGAUUGAAAAUGCAAGUACAGUUUUCACCCAUCAUGCAGCUUUACAUUUCAGUGCCUGAAGAUGCAAAAGGAAGCACAAAAGGUUUAUGUGGCACCUUCAAUGACAAUGCAAGCGAUGACUUUCGAACUAUACAGGGAAUUGUGGAGGAUUCAGCUGUUACUUUUGCGAAUUCCUGGAAGACUGGGGACAAAUGUCCUGACCCAACAUUGCCUUCUCCUUGCAUUAGUUCAGAAAAUGAAAAGUAUGCAAAACAGCAUUGUUCGUUGCUAAGAAAUUCUGAAGAUGUUUUUGCUGCGUGUCAUCCUGCAGUGGAUUACAUCAAAUACUAUGAAAUGUGUGUAGCGGCAACCUGUGCCUGCGAGGACAUCAAUGACUGCCUGUGUGCUGGAUUGGGAGCAUACGCUCAUGAGUGCGCUGCUAAUGGGAUCAUUGUGAAAGAUUGGGGAAGAGACAUUUGUGAUAAUGUGUGCACCAACAAUCAGGAGUUUGACUAUGAUAUGAGGGCCUGUAACCGUUCCUGUAGACUGUUGCCAGGAAAGGAUUUCACAUGUGAUAUACAAGAUGUUCCAGUUUCUGGUUGUGGGUGCCCUGAAGGACUGCAGAUGAAUAAAAAUGGAGACUGUGUAGAAGGAUCAGAUUGUCCAUGUUAUGUGGGCGACAUGAUUAUCAAAAUAGGACAAAGUAGUUAUGUUAAUGGUCAAACCUGCAUUUGUAUAGAUGGAAAACCUCAAUGUUCUACAAUUCCUACAACCCCUGUGCCAGAAUGUUCCGGUGGAAAAGUAUAUUUUGACUGUUCUAAUUUAAAGCCAAAUGAAACCUAUUGUAAAAAGACAUGCAGCAGAUUGAAUAUGCAAUGUAGUGAUUACGUAUGUGUAAAUGGCUGUUUCUGCCCUGAUGGAAGUGUGGAAGAUGACAGUGGACACUGCAUUAAUGCUGACCAGUGCCCUUGUUUCUUUGGAGGAAACAAAUAUAAUGUUGAAAGCGUAAUCCAACGGGACUGUAAUAAAUGCACAUGCAAAGCAGGGUCAUGGGAUUGCUCUGAGAAACCAUGUCCAAAGACCUGUCAGGUUUAUGGAGAUGGUCAUCAUAUAACCUUUGAUGGAAAGCGAUACACCUAUGAUGGUAAUUGUGAAUACAUCUUUGUUAAGGACCAGUGCAAUGGUGGAGAUAGCACAUUCCAAAUAUUUACUGAGAGUGUUCCCUGCUGUGAAAAUGGUGUGACAUGCUCAAGAAAUAUCAGAAUUGUAUUCAAGAACAAAGAACUCGUUCUUACUGAUGGCAAAGUGAAGACUAUGGAGAAAGUAUCUCAUCAGACCCAGUGCAGAGAUAAUUCCUAUUCACUUCACACUGUUGGACUAUAUAUAAUCAUUACAUUUUCUGAUGGGAUUACUGUGAUAUGGGAUAAGAUGACAAGACUUUCAGUCACACUGGAUCCAAAAUGGAAAAACAGAGUCUGUGGUCUAUGUGGAAAUUUCAACAACGAUGUUGCAGAUGAUCUAACAACAAAAACAAACUCUUUGGUGAGCAAUCACCUAGAAUUUGGAAACACUUGGAAAUUGGAAGCAUCGUGCCCGAAUGUAAAAAAUGAAUCAUUACCCUGUGACAGCAAUCCAUAUUGCUUAGCAUGGGCUCAAAGGAAGUGUAGCAUGAUUAAGGAUGAACUGUUUCAACCAUGCCAUAAAAAGGUUGACCCAACUGCCUAUUAUGACGCUUGCAUCAAAGAAGCUUGUGCCUGUGAUAUGGAGGGGAAAUACCUUGGUUUCUGUACUGCUGUAUCAGUGUAUGCAGAAGCCUGUAAUAAAGCUGGUAUUUGCAUUUACUGGAGAACCCCUGAACUGUGUCCUGUAUUUUGUGACUAUUAUAAUGAUCCUGAUGAAUGCAGCUGGCAUUAUAAACCAUGUGGGACUAUAACAUCAAAAACAUGCAGCGACCAGCACAUCGGCAAGAAUUUCUCUGCAGUUCUUGAAGGUUGUUACGCAAACUGCCCCGAGAAUGCUCCUUACCUGGAUGAAAAUCUAAUGAAGUGUGUUAACUUAUCUGAAUGCACAUGUUAUUAUAAUGGGAAAAUACUGCAACAAGGUGAAACAACGAAGAAUGACUGUGAAGAAUGUGAAUGCAAAAAUGGAAAAGUCCAUUGUACAGAAAUAUCAACAAGAACGACCACACCAACAAUACCAAUAUCAGCAACAUCAACAAUAACAACUCCUCCAUCAACAACACCCACUCAAGGAACGCCAAUAACACUAACAUCCAGAAUAUUGUCAACAACUAAGUCCACAACCAGCAGUACAGAAACAACUAAAACAACAAAAGCAGGAACCACUGUGCCUGUGACCACCAGAAAUCCUGAGAUCACUGUGCCUGUGACCACUCCUUCAACCAUUGCACCUGUGACGACAACUCCUGGGUUGUAUUGUCAUGGCGUCUGGACAGCCUGGAUUAAUUUGAAUACUCCGUCUGCUAACAACCCGGGCGAUUCUGAACCAGUGGAUGUCAUUCGCACGACAGAGUGUUCUAACUUUGCUGAAAUAAGUCAUGUUCAGUGUCGCUCAGUCGAUUUGCCGGACAUUCCAAUCAGUGAAACAGGGGACAAUGUAACGUGCGAUAGAGACACAGGGUUAAAAUGUAGAGUGGCGGCAGGAGGCGCCGAGUGUGCAGACUACGAAAUUAGACUUUGUUGCGAGAACGAACGAACAACUAUUAUAACCACAACAACCAGUCUGCCUACAACCAGCACCAUUACACCCACAACUCCUGUAAUAACAGAGAUCACUGUGCCUGUGGCCACCCCUUCAACCACUGCAUCCGUGACGACCACUUCAACCGCAACAACCAAAUCCUCAAAAACAACCACACUUUCCAUCAUAAGUCCUGAGAUCACUGUGCCUGUGACCACUCCUUCAACCAUUGCACCUGUGACGACAACUCCUGGGUUGUAUUGUCAUGGCGUCUGGACAGCCUGGAUUAAUUUGAAUACUCCGUCUGCUAACAACCCGGGCGAUUCUGAACCAGUGGAUGUCAUUCGCACGACAGAGUGUUCUAACUUUGCUGAAAUAAGUCAUGUUCAGUGUCGCUCAGUCGAUUUGCCGGACAUUCCAAUCAGUGAAACAGGGGACAAUGUAACGUGCGAUAGAGACACAGGGUUAAAAUGUAGAGUGGCGGCAGGAGGCGCCGAGUGUGCAGACUACGAAAUUAGACUUUGUUGCGAGAACGAACGAACAACUAUUAUAACCACAACAACCAGUCUGCCUACAACCAGCACCAUUACACCCACAACUCCUGUAAUAACAGAGAUCACUGUGCCUGUGGCCACCCCUUCAACCACUGCAUCCGUGACGACCACUUCAACCGCAACAACCAAAUCCUCAAAAACAACCACACUUUCCAUCAUAAGUCCUGAGAUCACCCCUUCAACCAUUGCACCUGUGACGACAACUCCUGGGUUGUAUUGUCAUGGCGUCUGGACAGCCUGGAUUAAUUUGAAUACUCCGUCUGCUAACAACCCGGGCGAUUCUGAACCAGUGGAUGUCAUUCGCACGACAGAGUGUUCUAACUUUGCUGAAAUAAGUCAUGUUCAGUGUCGCUCAGUCGAUUUGCCGGACAUUCCAAUCAGUGAAACAGGGGACAAUGUAACGUGCGAUAGAGACACAGGGUUAAAAUGUAGAGUGGCGGCAGGAGGCGCCGAGUGUGCAGACUACGAAAUUAGACUUUGUUGCGAGAACGAACGAACAACUAUUAUAACCACAACAACCAGUCUGCCUACAACCAGCACCAUUACACCCACAACUCCUGUAAUAACAGAGAUCACUGUGCCUGUGGCCACCCCUUCAACCACUGCAUCCGUGACGACCACUUCAACCGCAACAACCAAAUCCUCAAAAACAACCACACUUUCCAUCAUAAGUCCUGAGAUCACUGUGCCUGUGACCACUCCUUCAACCAUUGCACCUGUGACGACAACUCCUGGGUUGUAUUGUCAUGGCGUCUGGACAGCCUGGAUUAAUUUGAAUACUCCGUCUGCUAACAACCCGGGCGAUUCUGAACCAGUGGAUGUCAUUCGCACGACAGAGUGUUCUAACUUUGCUGAAAUAAGUCAUGUUCAGUGUCGCUCAGUCGAUUUGCCGGACAUUCCAAUCAGUGAAACAGGGGACAAUGUAACGUGCGAUAGAGACACAGGGUUAAAAUGUAGAGUGGCGGCAGGAGGCGCCGAGUGUGCAGACUACGAAAUUAGACUUUGUUGCGAGAACGAACGAACAACUAUUAUAACCACAACAACCAGUCUGCCUACAACCAGCACCAUUACACCCACAACUCCUGUAAUAACAGAGAUCACUGUGCCUGUGGCCACCCCUUCAACCACUGCAUCCGUGACGACCACUUCAACCGCAACAACCAAAUCCUCAAAAACAACCACACUUUCCAUCAUAAGUCCUGAGAUCACCCCUUCAACCAUUGCACCUGUGACGACAACUCCUGGGUUGUAUUGUCAUGGCGUCUGGACAGCCUGGAUUAAUUUGAAUACUCCGUCUGCUAACAACCCGGGCGAUUCUGAACCAGUGGAUGUCAUUCGCACGACAGAGUGUUCUAACUUUGCUGAAAUAAGUCAUGUUCAGUGUCGCUCAGUCGAUUUGCCGGACAUUCCAAUCAGUGAAACAGGGGACAAUGUAACGUGCGAUAGAGACACAGGGUUAAAAUGUAGAGUGGCGGCAGGAGGCGCCGAGUGUGCAGACUACGAAAUUAGACUUUGUUGCGAGAACGAACGAACAACUAUUAUAACCACAACAACCAGUCUGCCUACAACCAGCACCAUUACACCCACAACUCCUGUAAUAACAGAGAUCACUGUGCCUGUGGCCACCCCUUCAACCACUGCAUCCGUGACGACCACUUCAACCGCAACAACCAAAUCCUCAAAAACAACCACACUUUCCAUCAUAAGUCCUGAAAUUCAAUGGACAAUAAUAGUUUGUAUGUAUUUGCUGUUCUUCAACAGAGAUCACUGUGCCUGUGACCACCCUUCAACCAUUGCACCUGUGACGACAACUCCUGGGUUGUAUUGUCAUGGCGUCUGGACAGCCUGGAUUAAUUUGAAUACUCCGUCUGCUAACAACCCGGGCGAUUCUGAACCAGUGGAUGUCAUUCGCACGACAGAGUGUUCUAACUUUGCUGAAAUAAGUCAUGUUCAGUGUCGCUCAGUCGAUUUGCCGGACAUUCCAAUCAGUGAAACAGGGGACAAUGUAACGUGCGAUAGAGACACAGGGUUAAAAUGUAGAGUGGCGGCAGGAGGCGCCGAGUGUGCAGACUACGAAAUUAGACUUUGUUGCGAGAACGAACGAACAACUAUUAUAACCACAACAACCAGUCUGCCUACAACCAGCACCAUUACACCCACAACUCCUGUAAUAACAGAGAUCACUGUGCCUGUGGCCACCCCUUCAACCACUGCAUCCGUGACGACCACUUCAACCGCAACAACCAAAUCCUCAAAAACAACCACACUUUCCAUCAUAAGUCCUGAGAUCACCCCUUCAACCAUUGCACCUGUGACGACAACUCCUGGGUUGUAUUGUCAUGGCGUCUGGACAGCCUGGAUUAAUUUGAAUACUCCGUCUGCUAACAACCCGGGCGAUUCUGAACCAGUGGAUGUCAUUCGCACGACAGAGUGUUCUAACUUUGCUGAAAUAAGUCAUGUUCAGUGUCGCUCAGUCGAUUUGCCGGACAUUCCAAUCAGUGAAACAGGGGACAAUGUAACGUGCGAUAGAGACACAGGGUUAAAAUGUAGAGUGGCGGCAGGAGGCGCCGAGUGUGCAGACUACGAAAUUAGACUUUGUUGCGAGAACGAACGAACAACUAUUAUAACCACAACAACCAGUCUGCCUACAACCAGCACCAUUACACCCACAACUCCUGUAAUAACAGAGAUCACUGUGCCUGUGGCCACCCCUUCAACCACUGCAUCCGUGACGACCACUUCAACCGCAACAACCAAAUCCUCAAAAACAACCACACUUUCCAUCAUAAGUCCUGAGAUCACUGUGCCUGUGACCACUCCUUCAACCAUUGCACCUGUGACGACAACUCCUGGGUUGUAUUGUCAUGGCGUCUGGACAGCCUGGAUUAAUUUGAAUACUCCGUCUGCUAACAACCCGGGCGAUUCUGAACCAGUGGAUGUCAUUCGCACGACAGAGUGUUCUAACUUUGCUGAAAUAAGUCAUGUUCAGUGUCGCUCAGUCGAUUUGCCGGACAUUCCAAUCAGUGAAACAGGGGACAAUGUAACGUGCGAUAGAGACACAGGGUUAAAAUGUAGAGUGGCGGCAGGAGGCGCCGAGUGUGCAGACUACGAAAUUAGACUUUGUUGCGAGAACGAACGAACAACUAUUAUAACCACAACAACCAGUCUGCCUACAACCAGCACCAUUACACCCACAACUCCUGUAAUAACAGAGAUCACUGUGCCUGUGGCCACCCCUUCAACCACUGCAUCCGUGACGACCACUUCCACCGCAACAACCACAUCUUCAACCACAACUCCUGAACCAUCAACUACAACAGUGACAACAACUACAACUGGCUCUACCACCAUCCACACAUCUGAACGAUCCUCGACUGAGACAACGAUCACCAGCACCAAUGCUGAAGCAUACUGUGGUGGUCAAUGGUCCAAAUGGAUUAAUAAAAAUCAACCAUCUCCUAUCAAACAAGACGAUGACGAAUUCUUGAACCCAACAGAUUCCACUUUGUGUGAUUUGUCCCAUGAAAUAACUAACAUCGAGUGUAAAGCUGUCAAGUUUCCAAAUCAACCUUUAAGUGAAACAAAGGACAACGUUACUUGUGAUAUAAACAGAGGCCUGAAGUGCAGUUAUAAUAGCUUGAACGUUGCCAAUCGCUUAAUGUGUUUGGACUACAAAUUUAGAGUGUGCUGUGAACCAGGAAUAACAACCACUUCCAGAGUGACAGAGAAGAUAAUUAUUCCUAUCACAGAGAAACCAUUAGAUAAAACGUGUGUUUGCAAAUCAAACCCAGAGAGAAAAUGCAAUGACAAGUGGACCGAAGGCUGCUAUAGCAUGGUUUGUUUAGAAGAGAAAAUUCACAAGCGGAAGAACUGUUCAGAACUGACUAAACCCACGUGUAGGCAUGGUAUAAGGCCUGUGAAAGUUCCAACUGAAGAUGGGUGCUGUGAGAAAUGGGAAUGUGACUUUUGCCAGGACUAUUUAGGACAACCUAAAAAGGAUGGAGAUAACUGGGAUAAUCCACAAGAUCCAUGUAUCUCAUAUACAUGCAGUAAUACAACUGUUCUUACGACAAAGAUGACCUGCUCGAGAAAUGAAACUUGCCCUGAGGAUCAAAGAAUAUACAUCAAUCCUUGCUGUUUUGAAUGCAGGAAAAACGUAACUCAGUGCAAACCCAAUUCCAUCAGUAAAACAGUCAAAAGGGGAAAUUGUGAAGGAACUUUUGAAGUGAAAGAAUGUGAAGGACAUUGCUCAUCAGUGACUAAAUUUGACUUUCAUGAAGACAAAUUGAGCAUUGAGUGCCAGUGUUGUCGUGAAUGGAAAACUGAAGAAAAGUUAGUGAAGCUUAAGUGUGAAGAUGGAGGUAUCGUGGCCUACAAAUACACAGAUAUCAAGUCCUGCACGUGUAAAAAUUGUGAAUGGAAUAAGUAACACCUGUUUCAGAUGCAACUGAACUUGCUUUAUUUUCCAUUUUUGCAUUUCACCAAUUAUCAACUUAAAUUCUUAAUUCUUAUCAUUUUCAAUGCGCCAUUAGAGUCUACAAAAUGCUUUUAGCCAACAUUUGCAUGAAAACACAAUCAAAUUGUUCCCAAUGAAUUACUGCUUCUAUUGCAUGCUAUAAGCUACUUUUGAAUCAGAAAAAAGCAUCAAUAAAGAUAUUUGC